AAUUCAGUUGAAAAUAAUUCAUUGAAGGCAUCGGACGCGAUUUGAGCACGAGCUUUGUUAUUGAAUUCGCCUUUUGGCCGGCAUUUUACGCGCGUUCUGUAUUUACAUUGUAAGCGACGCGCGCAACAGGACGUAAACAACGUUUUGUUUGUUCAAAUUUUAGAGCAAAACCAGCGGAAUUAAUAAUCAGCGUACAAAUUAGACGAGUUCCAGCAACAAAAAAAAAAAAUAUAUAAAAAAUUUACUCAAACCGGUUGCAAAUAUAAAAAACAACAACAACCACUGUAAUAACAAAACAACAACAAAAAGGCAGUAGCCGUAGCAACAGGCAACAACGCUGAGGUCUCAAGGCCGCACCGACAACAACAACAAGAGAGAGAAGUGUAACAAGAAUACCAAAUAGCUGAAAUCAAUUCGGGAAUUAUGUCAGGGCGCAGAAGUCAGACACAGAUGGCGCCACCGCCGCCGCCCCCCAAGCCAAACAAGGCACAGGCAAAUGCAAAUGGCAACGGUGCCCUGCCGAAUGGUACCGCCAACAACAGCAACAACAACAGCAAUUACAACAGUUACAACAGCAAUAAAAGUGUCGCAGUCACAACGGAAGGCGACGAACGGAAUCAGAGCCAAAGUCGAAGCCAGAACAGCGACGUUGCCCAGAGGAGUCAGACGCCGCCACGGACAGAGCAGGUUGUGAUGACGCCACGUGGCAAGACCGCCAACAGCACCGUCAUCUUAAUCGAGCGGAAGCUCGUCGAUGAGAUCAAUGACCGUGUCCAUGUAGCUGGCGGUGAUCAUACGGGAAUUAUCAUCAACAAGGACACAAUUGCCGGACAGAAGAGCGCCAGCAAAGCGGCUGCAUUGUCCCUCGAGUUUCGUGUCUUUCUCGUUAGCGCCAAUACGGGUAAACAUUCGCAGGAGUCGCGCACUCUGCGUUUCUGGUUCCGGGAUUGGCUGACCAACGAUGAAAAGCAGGCUCACAUUGCCCAGGACUUUUUCAAGGAGCUCGUCAGUCCACAGGACUUUCCCAGAGAUUAUGUUGGGUUUAUCAAGAAGAUAAUGAAGCUGCUGCAACAUGGCUAUGCCGAGAUUCAGUCCAUUGAGAUUGAGCUACGAAUUUUGGAGGAGACAUCGGCGCCGCCGUCACGACCACCACGCGAUGGCUAUAUCAUCUACUGUUAUGGCGACUGUAAUCGCAAGUUUGAGGAGGCACUUUUGGCCCAGAAGAAAACAGUUUCCUUGGAGGAAUCACAAUUUGAAUCUCCGCCGUUGACACAGGAGAAGGUCCUGGAGCUCAUUGAGCAGGCAUAUCCGAAUCCUGUUUCACCCGAGGAUUUGGCCAAGGACUACGGCUGGACCGAGCAGGAUGUGUUGCUGGUCAUACAAUCGCUGCAGGAUCGCGGACUCAUCAAGUCGAUGGAGUACAAUGCGUACACGCGCAUCCAUCAUGAGGAUAAGGAGAUCAAGGUGGUCAAACAGAUGCCCACGAUAGCCUCGAAUAAGCAGCCCACCAUUGCCAUCAUUACGGCGCAGUAUUGUGAGAAAUUGGCCGUGGACGCCAUGUUGGAGAACAAGGAGACGUUUGUCCGUUAUACCACAGUCGAUUCCGAUCCCAAUCUAACGAACUCACUCAGAAAAUCAAAAAAGAAACGCCGAUUUGGCGAAUCAAAUGUUUAUACCUUGGGCAACAUUGGAGCACAUCGGAUUGUGAGCACAAAGCUGCCGUCGGUGGGCAGCACGCGGGAGGCGAUGACGGCGACUGGCAACACGACGACCCGACUGUUGGGCACAUUCCAGAAGGUUGACUAUGUCUUCAUUGUGGGCGUGGCUGGCGGUGUGCCCCAUUACACGGACUACAAGAAGCACGUGCGACUUGGCGAUGUGGUCAUCUCGUAUGUGGACAAACAGCGGGCGUUGAUCAACAGCAAGGAGAAGCCGUAUGUGUAUGUGUACAAGAGCGGCGAGGAUGCGAAGACAUAUUUCCCAAUCAACGAUUCACUGCAACAGAUCGCCGAGAGUCUGCAGGCCAACAUGGAACUGAAACGGCCCUGGGAAACGUAUCUGAAGGAUGCCCAGCAAACGCUCGCCCAGAAGACGGAGAGUGACUUUGGCCGUCCCGAUGCCAAGACGGACAAGCUCUUUAUGAACAUUGGCAACAACGAGGUCAUUGAGGUGGCCCAUCCCAUUGCCGCCGAUGAGAUAAAUGGUGUGACGCGACUGCGUCUACAUUUGGGACCCAUUGGCUCCGGCCGGGAUCUGGUGCGUAGCGAUGAUCUGCGCACACAGUUCGCUCGCAAGUUUGGUCUACUCGCCACGGAUGUGGAGAUGAGCAGCGUACUGGACAGCAUCAUUGGCAAUUGCCGGGAGAGUUUCAUACUGGUCAAGGGUAUAUCCGACUACAAGGAUGGCAUGUCCACGCGCAAAUGGCAGAAUUAUGCCUCCCUCUCCGCCGCUGCGGUUGUCAAGUCCGUCAUCUGUGGCAUGGAUGCGCCAACCAAUGUUUAAAUGGACUCUGCUUUCCACAGCUUUGACACAGCGCAUUUAGCAAUGAUUUUAACCUUCUUUUUAUAUACAUUUUGUUCAAAAGUUGAUCAACAAAAAAAAAAGCAACAACAACAACAACAUAUUUCUUUUUGUUCUCUAUGCGUUAUUAACCAAAAGUGGACCAUUUGGUGGCCCCUCCAAUUAGACCAAAAUGUAUGCGUUGUCCUAAUACUUCAUAUGUACGAGUAUUGAAUAUAAUUUCUUGUUAUUUAUUUGUUAUGCUUUUGUACUACAUACAAUACAUAUACAUAAACAUAAACAUAUACUGAUACUGAUACAAACACAUACAAAUAUAAUUUACAUUUACACAUUAUGUAUGACACAGGCACAUGACGUAUAUACCUAAUAUAUAGAUGUAUAUACAUAAAUAUAUAUACAUACCUUA